UUGUGACUCAUGAUAUCGUCGUUGGGAAAUGGCAGCCCACUGCCAGAGAUAAAGCUGGGGGGCGCUAUCCAGGUUUCGGGGUGACUACCCUCAUCAUCAAUGGUGGUUUGGAGUGCUCUAACCCCAACGAUCCCAGGGCUUUGAAUCGCAUAGAAUAUUACAAGAACUUCACUAGCUACUUCAACGUGGCUCCGG